CCGUCCGAAAAUGUCGGCUUCGAAACUGUGGUCUUGUACUGAAACGGUGCUGAAUGGAGGGAUUAAGCUGUUCCUCUAUUCUUCUAAAAAUACUAAGCUUCGAGUUGCGAUCGGAGAAGUUCCGGGUCCGAUGGUGCAUGGAGCAGUAUCGUUUGUGACUGAAGCUGAUUCGGAUGAUGGCCUACCGCAUACUCUGGAACAUCUUGUGUUCAUGGGAAGCAAGAAGUAUCCAUUCAAAGGAGUUCUUGAUGUGAUUGCUAAUCGAUGUUUGGCAGAUGGUACAAAUGCUUGGACUGACACUGAUCAUACUGCUUAUACUUUGAGCACGGUCGGCUCUGAUGGAUUCCUAAAAGUCCUUCCUGUCUAUAUCAACCACUUGCUUACUCCUAUGUUGACUGCAUCUCAAUUCGCAACUGAAGUCCAUCACAUCACUGGAGAAGGGAAUGAUGCGGGAGUCGUCUACUCUGAAAUGCAGGAUCAUGAAUCAGAGAUGGAAUCAAUCAUGGAUCGGAAGACGAAGGAAGUCAUCUAUCCACCUUUCAAUCCAUAUGCAGUUGACACAGGAGGUCGUCUCAAGAAUCUUCGUGAAUCAUGCACACUGGAGAAAGUUCGUGAUUAUCACAAAAAGUUCUACCAUUUGUCAAAUAUGGUGGUUACUGUAUGUGGAAUGGUUGAUCAUGAUCAGGUUCUAGAGAUUAUGAACAACGUGGAAAAUGAGCAUAUGUCAACUGUACCGGAUCAUUUCCCAAAGCCUUUCUCAUUUGCUCUUUCUGAUAUCAAAGAAUCGACUGUGCACCGAGUUGAAUGUCCAACUGAUGAUGCUUCCCGUGGAGCCGUAGAGGUUGCCUGGUUUGCUCAUAGUCCGUCAGACUUAGAAACCCACUCAUCACUUCAUGUGCUCUUUGACUACCUGUCGAACACUUCUGUUGCUCCACUUCAAAAAGAUUUCAUCCUUCUCGAGGAUCCACUUGCAAGCUCCGUUUCAUUCCAUAUUGCAGAAGGAGUUCGUUGUGACCUGCGUUUGAACUUUGCCGGAGUUCCUGUUGAGAAACUUGACGAAUGUGCUCCGAAGUUUUUCGAUAAGACGGUCCGUGAGCAUUUGGAAGAAGCUAAUUUCGAUAUGGAACGAAUGGGAUAUCUUAUCGACCAAACUAUUCUCAAUGAACUUGUGAAGCUUGAGACAAAUGCUCCGAAGGAUAUUAUGUCACACAUUAUUGGACAUCAAUUGUUCGACAAUGAGGAUGAAGAGCUAUUCAAGAAAAGAACAAAUGAAAUUGAUUUUCUCAAGAAAUUGAAAUCAGAGCCAGCUUCAUAUUGGGUUCAGUUGGUCAACAAAUAUUUCACUGCUCCAAGUGCUACUGUAAUCGGAGUUCCAAAUGAAGAACUAGUUGAUAAGAUCGCUGAAGAAGAAGAGAAGAGAAUAGCAGCCCAAUGUGAGAAGCUCGGCAAAAAAGGACUCGAAGAAGCGGGAAAGAGUCUGGAAGCUGCCAUUCUUGAGAACACUGCCAAUCAUCCAAGUGCUGAACUUUUGGAUCAAUUGAUCGUCAAAGAUCUUGAAGCUUUUGAUCGUUUCCCAGUUCAAUCCCUGACUUCAAACUCACCUUCUCUUACUCCUCAACAAUCAACUUUCUUAGCUCAAUUCCCAUUCCACGCGAAUCUUCACAACUGUCCAACUAAAUUCGUGGAAAUCUUCUUCCUGCUAGAUUCUUCAAAUCUGUCAAUUGAAGAUCGUAGUUACUUGUUCCUCUACACAGAUUUGCUUUUUGAAUCUCCUGCCAUGAUCGAUGGAGUCUUGACAUCUGCUGAUGAUGUUGCCAAACAUUUCACGAAAGAUCUCAUUGAUCACUCUAUUCAAGUGGGAGUCUCCGGUCUUUAUGAUCGAUUUGUGAAUCUUCGUAUCAAAGUUGGAGCUGACAAGUAUCCAUUGCUUGCGAAAUGGGCUCAAAUUUUCACUCAGGGAGUCGUCUUCGAUCCUUCAAGAAUUCAUCAAUGUGCUCAAAAGUUGGCUGGAGAAGCUCGUGAUCGGAAGAGAGAUGGAUGUACUGUGGCAUCAACUGCAGUAGCUUCAAUGGUUUAUGGAAAGAAUACCAAUUGCAUUCUCUUCGAUGAACUUGUGUUGGAGAAGCUUCAUGAAAAAAUAUCGAAGGAUGUGAUGAAGAAUCCCGAAGCAGUCCUUGAAAAGCUUGAACAAGUUCGUAGUGCUCUUUUCUCAAACGGAGUGAAUGCUCAUUUUGUUGCUGACGUUGAUUCAAUUGAUCCGAAAAUGUUGAGUUCCGAUCUUUGGACCUGGGUACAAGCUGAUCCAAGAUUCGGACCUGGACAUCAAUUCUCAGCUGAAGCUGGUGAAAACGUAUCACUUGAGCUCGGAAAGGAACUUCUCAUCGGAGUUGGUGGAUCCGAGUCUUCAUUCAUCUAUCAAACAAGCUUCCUUGAUGCUAACUGGAAUUCAGAGGAGUUGAUUCCAGCAAUGAUCUUUGGACAAUAUCUCUCUCAGUGUGAAGGUCCAUUGUGGCGUGCAAUUCGUGGAGAUGGACUUGCCUAUGGAGCUAACGUAUUUGUGAAACCCGAUCGGAAGCAAAUCACUUUGAGUCUCUACAGAUGCGCUCAGCCAGCAGUGGCUUAUGAGAGAACCAGAGAUAUUAUUCGCAAAAUCGUCGAGAGCGGUGAAAUCUCCAAAGCAGAAUUUGAGGGAGCAAAGAGAUCAACUGUGUUCGAGAUGAUGAAGCGUGAAGGAACUGUGAGUGGAGCUGCAAAGAUCAGCAUUCUCAAUAAUUUCCGUCAAACUCCCCAUCCAUUCAAUAUUGAUCUGUGUCGCCGUAUCUGGAAUCUGACAUCGGAAGAGAUGGUUAAGAUCGGCGGACCACCACUGGCUCGUCUUUUCGAUGAGAAGUGCUUUGUCCGUUCAAUUGCUGUUCAUCCAUCAAAACUCAAUGAGAUGAAGAAGGCAUUCCCAGGAAGUAGCAAGAUCAAGAUUUCGGACUUGCAGUUUGCAUGCUAGUUUGCCUGUUCUUUUAUAUUCUUAUUAUUCUUCCAUCAUUUCCCCGUUUGUUGGCUCUGGUUUUAUUUAUUUCUUUCGGUAGCUUGUUUUGUUAAAUAAAGUUCUGGUCUGAUUUG